AUGCCUCGGAGGGCCCUCCUGCAACCAGUACUGCAGUCCGUGUUUUGCUCAGCCGGCAAGGCCUUCAGCAACUGCCAAGUCCUCUGCAGCCAGCAGGCUCCAGCCUAUAGGUUGCUCAGGAUCCUCCUGCAGAAGUCACUGGGUCCUGCCUCGCCAACUGGCCUUCCUGUGAGUAAGGGAACGGGUAAGGAGAACCAACUCUCCUCUCUAGGCUCACGCCUACCCUUCCCCGCUCCACUGUGUUCAGGCCGAGGUGCCAGCCUGAGCCCAGAUUGAGGCCUCCGCCUGGCAUUGCUGCUGCAAACGCAGAGGCUGGAAGGGAAGUCAGCUUGUUUCCCUUAGAUUGGCAUCAAGCCCUGCACCACCCCCUCCUAUCGGUGCCAAGGAUUUCCUCCACUCUGCCUCUCUUUGCCAAUGUGCCCAGCCUUCAGGGCACCAUCUAGGCCAGGGGUCAGCAAACCUUUUCAGCAGGGGGCCGGUCCACUGUCCCUCAGACCUUGUGGUGGUCCGGACUAUAUUUUUGGAGGGGAAAUCAACAAAUUCCUAUGCCCCACAAAUACCCUAGAGAUGCAUUUUAAAUAAAAGCACACAUUCUACUCAUGUCAAAACACGCUGAUUCCCAGACGGUCCGCGGGCCAGAUUUAGAAAGCGAUUGGGCUGGAUCCGGCCCCUGGGCCUUAGUUUGCCUACCCAUGAUCUAGGCCUUUCUGCUGAACGUUCUCUGUUUUGCCCUGGGGGAACCGAGGGAGCGGGAACGCUUCGAAACACUCCCGUCCAGCCUCUGGGGGCAGAGUUUAGUCCCUACAGAGAAGCCUGAUGCCAUGCGUGGGCCUCUCUCCUCCGUAAACCUUCAUGCCUAGCUGCCCUUUCUCCCCUCUGCCGCCAGUAAGGGGGCGAUGGAGACACAGCAGAAAUGAGAAUUUUGCCCUAUUUGUGUACCAACCAACCAGAGGAGGUUGGUCCAUUAGAGCAAACAGGACUCUCUGCCCUAGAAAUGAAACGGCCUGCAAUUUUAUUUAUAUUUAUAUAUAUAAAGUAAAACACACCCAACCACCCUUUCCUAGCCUAGUGAGCUCUCUCCUUUGCUUUUUGUUAUUCUUCACGGGUUUAACUUCUGAACUCAUUUUAUAGCUACACCAGGAGAAAAGUAACAAAUGCAUGUGAGAUGAUUGCCCGGGCCAGGCUUUUUUAAAAAAAAACAACCCACAGUUAAUUUCGUUUUGGUUUUGUUUGUUUAAAUCUGUGUGUUUAUUUGGAAGAAAAUUCCACUUAUUUCAGUGGGGUUUGCUCUCCAGCGCAGUGUGCAUCCUUCAUCUUGCAUUUUCCUUACAUACAGGGUUGCUGUCUUUCGUAUGUUUGCCCUCCUCCCUUAAAACAAAAACAAAAACCAACAGCAGGCUGAAUCAAGACUGAAUCAUUGAUUCCUGAAUCAAUACAGGCAUCAAGCAAUCCCAUUCAUUUACCCCUGCCAGGUAAAACUAUAGUCUUCUAUAUUUUCAAGUGAGAAGGCUGUUAAAACGCACAGGAGCAUGUCCAGGAAAACACAACCAGUGGCAAAUGGCCUACAUCUGGAAAGUAUUGGCAUGAUUUUUCUCAACAGAACUUCAUGUCAUUAGAUAAUAUCCUUUGAUGUAGUAUGCUGAGUAAAUGCGUGGAGAGGGAGGGACGGGUGCGGCAGGAUGAUAAAAAUGCCCGGUUCAGAAAUUAGUGAGUGUUGCUAGGCGUACAAUUGCAACAGUGGAAAUUCCCCAAUCUGUUUACUUGUUUGUCUUUUGAGGGAAGAUGCCCACAAAGGCAGCAAGGCAGCAACCAGGAGGAAGACAUCAUAAAAUAUCUGUUUUAUGACCUAACCACAACUCGCAAGUUUUGUGAUCUAACCAAGGUAGCAAAGGUGACAGGAAGAUUAGUAUAUCUUUAAUGAAAUACAGACUCACUCUCACAAGAUAGGAUCGGGAAACCAAACUUAAUAAAAACAACUCAGAAACUUCAACUGGUCCAAAAAGCAGCUGCCAGAUGACAGGUUGUGGUUCCUUUUAGAUCUUGUGUAACUCCUGUUUUCGGUUUGUUUCCAGGCCUGAUUCAAAGGCGCUCGCACUAGUGUUUAAAGCCCUAGACAACUUAGUUGCCAAGUAUUCCCUAUAAACUUUCUACUUCCCUACAGAGCCUCUUGGGUGUUAAGACUGACCAGAGUAGUAGUUGGUAGUUCCAUCACCCUCAGAGGUUCUGGAGAUGGUAGCCUGGGCAAUGAUAUUCUCUGGCAGCUCCUAGGUUGUAGAAUUCCCAAAGAGUUGCAUCGGACACCUUCAUUAGAUAGUUUCCGGUGUAUGCUGAAGACUCACAUCUUUACUCUAACCUUUACCCUAACACCUGAGAUAAAUGUUUUCAGAACCCAUCCUAUUCCCGCAACGCUCAUUUGUUUUAAUUGUUUUUAAUGUGGAAUUUUUAAUUGUUGGAAGAUGCCCUGGGACCUGCUGGUGAAGGGUGGAUAAUAAAUUGAGUACUACUACUACUAAUAAUUAAUAAUAAUAAUAAUAAUAAUAAUAAAGGGGUUGACCCCUGCGAGGAUGGCCUUCGUCUACUGGGCUGCCUGCAGGACAUGCACUGAGCACCACGACAAUGUGUUUCAUAUGAUCCUCAUGUUCUGUUUGACAUGCAUAAUCCUUCAACUCCCCAAAGGGGUCUGAAUAUCACAGAUCAACCGGCUUCGAGUGCUCGUCAUUUGUAUGAUCCUCAGGCUCAGCCCUAGUUCCCCAAAGAUCAUAAAACUACACAUCUUGACAAUAUGAUCUACAAAACACCUAAGUCAAUAUCAGUGGUGCCUACUGUGUUUCCCAAGCUCUGUUUAUGUGUGAGUGUUGCUCAUUCCUUCUAGUUAUGCAUGUUUUUAGACAUAAGUUCCAUUUUGGUUACUGCCAAGUAUAGGAUAAUUGUGUUGUUGUUAUGAGUGAGGAAAGGGGCAAGCAGAUUCAGGUACUAAUUCUUCAUAUUUCUGAGUGUAGUUACAGUUAGGAUUAUCUGGCCAGUGCCUUUUUACAGCAUAAACUGCAUUGUCCAACCGAUGGCAUUCAUGUUAUUGUUUUUAUUCUACAUGGCAAUUAUCCCCAUGUAAACAAUGUGCGUAGAGCAGACCUUUGAUUACUGAAAUAAAUCUCAGUUACAUGGCCCUGGUUGUGCAAUUCACUGGGUUACUAAGGUGAUAUUUACUUGUAUAGAAGGAGUGUUCACAUCAAAGCAUGAUGUUAGCCAACGUUUGAAUCCUUUCAUUUUGUUUUCAGAUUAGCUAG